AUAUUGGGCGAUCGAUCAACACCUCGCGCCCACGACCGAGCAGUCGGCGGCGUGCGCUCACAUUAGGAGCAGCUCCUCGACUUUACACACCCUGUGGACAGCGACAAGGAUAAGAUGAGGGGCCACAUGCUGUUGCUGACCUUAAUGGUCGCAGUUAUCUGCUCCACGGAAGCAGUUCGGCGGCGGCACCGUCGGCUGCGCACGACGACGACGACCGAGCCGGCCAUGCUGGCGGCGGCGCGGCUGUUCCCGCCCGCGCACCGCGCCGACAGCGAGGCCGAGCACAUCGAGCUCGCCAUGGCCGAGAAGCUGGACGAGAAGCGCUUCCAGGAAUCAGAAAAAGCACGCGUAAAUGAAUUAAUGAAUGAAAACUCCGAUGAAGAAAAUGACAACGAAGUCUUCAUGGAUGACCCAUGCCUGAAAGUGCACUGUAGCGCCGGUCGCGUGUGCGAGAUAGACGAGCACGGUGACGCGGUCUGCAACUGCAUCAAGGAGUGCCCCUACGAGACUGAUUCUAGGAGAAAGGUCUGUACCCAAAACAACGAGACCUGGUCAUCGGACUGCGAGGUUUACCGCCAGCGGUGCCUGUGUCUCGACAACUCGGAGCUGUGCCGAGGACCCGAGUACCACCACGUGCAGAUUGAAUACUACGGCGCCUGCCGUGAAAUGCCGGAGUGCACGGAGAGCGAGAUGUCGGACUUCCCGCGGCGCAUGCGCGACUGGCUGUUCAACAUCAUGCGCGACAUGGCCGAGCGCCGCGAGCUCACGCCGCACUUCCUGCGCAUGGAGCGCGAGGCCGAGUCCAAUCUCACGCGCCGCUGGACCAACGCCGCCAUCUGGAAGUGGUGCGACCUCGACACGCACGACAACGACCGGUUCGUGUCCCGGCACGAGCUGUUCCCGAUCCGCGCGCCGCUGAUGGCGCUGGAGCACUGCAUCGCGCCGUUCCUGGACCGCUGCGACGACGACAACGACCACCGCAUCACGCUCGCCGAGUGGGGCAAGUGCUUGCAGCUCGAUGAGUAUGAGCUGGAAGACCGUUGCGACGAGUUGUCGGACGACGCGCUGUGAGGGCCGCUGAUCCUCAACUACAAUACUAGUGUACAAAACCUCGUCAUAAGCUGAAUGCCUCUAGCUUUACUCACUCUAGAAUACACUUAUUGCAUUUACUUUCUUAGUUUAUUAAUUGUAUAAAACUUAAAUAAUGAAAAGCAAUGAACAAACCGAAUAUUUCCUCUGUAAAUUUUUUAAUUAAUUCUUGUUUACUGUCUUCUCAACGAUCACUGAAAUCACUGUGAUUAUGGAAACCAAAAAUUGUAAUUAAACUUAUACAUGUUAUGUUACUUAAGUAUUUUAAUAAAUUUUACUACUUACCAAA